AUGGCUGCUGCGCUACCGCCCCUCGGUCCAUCCGACUUCGACGACCCUUCACGACCUGACACCCCUCUCGCAUCACAAAAGACGACUUUUCAUCGGCUACCCAUUAUUGAAACCCCAAUAGAGCAUUUAAGCGGGCCUUCGUCAAUCAGCCCACUGCAAUCCCCGUCUUCGAGUGAAAAUGGCCAGUUUUUACUUCCAGUAGCCUCUAUCAACAAGCCACAACAUGUAUUCUCACUUUCGGACGUCAUCAACGCCGAAGAUGAGAGUAUAGGGCCGUUACCAGCGGAAAUGGAAUUUGCGGACCUUGCCGUCGCCCCUGAUGGGACUUUCAUCGAAACUUCCUCUGGACCGGCAGCACGCGAGAUUAAACUGCGAUAUGACCAGCGCUAUGGCGUGAGUGUGUCUACAAGGUCUCCUUAUACCAUCACCGCGUUUGUGAAUCAGCAUGGAAAGCAGAUGUAUCGGAUUGGUCACCGUGAACUAUUUUCCGCACCAGCUGCCUCCGCAGCGGAGGUAGAAGAAAGAAUUAUCAAAACCUCUAGCGAGACCUCACAUUCCCCUCGCACGAAGCGCCGCUCUCGUAUGAGCAUGCAGAAUUUUCUUCCCCAGUCUGUGUUUGUCAAGACCACUGCCCCUUCUUUGAGUAGACCUCAAACUGCGGCUUCGCAUCAGAGUUCGGGACCGAGGAAGCUCCGGAAGACGCGGUCAAUCCCCGACAUGGGUAGCGCUUCAGGUGAUCCCUCUGAACCAAAUGGACGUCCGUCAACAGGUCGUGCGCACUCCCAGAGCGUUACGGCCGUUGAUGUCCCUAGAUAUUCUGCUACAUUCGAUCUUCCGCCCCCUCCCGCACUGGUUGCAGUUCCUUCCCGAUCCGUCGACAUUUUUGCAGAGGUAAUGGAAUGGUUCCCCGCGACCUCUACAACCUCGACGAGCCUUUCCACAAAUAGUCUAUUCUCGGCGGCAAACCCUCACGUCCUACAAGGCGUCAAUUAUCCCGCCCGUGCCUUUAUCACCCAACCUUUUGGAGCAGGUGUAACAUUCAAUGCCCCCUCGCCGAAACCCGCGUUUGAUUUCCUACCAGCGCCUCGCCUUCUCCGCGAAAUGCACUCCUUUGAGUCUGGACUGACAGCUCGCCAAGUUGACUCCCACUCGUCCUUAUCACCUGUACCAUCCGAACCUGGAACGCCUGAGCUGGAAGUCAGCCGGCCUCCCUCUGCCAUUCGCUUGCGUGCUUCCACGUCAUCUUUUAGUGCAGACCAUGAAUCGCCAGCAGAACCUCAACAGUCAGCAUCUGCCGACGCUGAUGAACCUUCCGAGUCAACCAUCUUACACGACUUUCCAACCGACGUUUUCGAUGUUCUACAAACCUAUCGCGGCCUUCCACUUCUAGAGAAACUGUCUGAAGGUAUAGAAGGAACUACCGUCAUUAAGCUAUCUGCAUCUGCAGACCAGUCUGCUGCUCCACGAGAUGACCCGCGUUUUGUCAUCUGGGGUGAGGCUGUUCCAGAGUGGGAUCACGAAGAAUACUUGACGUCACGCGAUAGUUUCAAUACCGACGCAUCCUCUCCGUCUGGAUCACUGAGCCUGUCGAUGCGGAGGAGUAGUAAAGUUUCCAAGGUCAAGUCACAGGAAAUUCAGUCGUUGAGAUCUACGUCAGGGUUAAAUACGCAACGGGUGCUCCUUGCAGCGACGAUUGAGCGAUGGAUAGCUCAGCUCACAAGCGACCUUAACUACGACGAACUUUUGGAUUUUUUCUUGACAUACCGGACCUAUGUCUGUGCUGUUGAUCUGUGUAAUCUUCUUAUAGCACGGUUCCAUUGGGCUUUGCAGAAACCCUCAUCACAACAAGACGAGACCAUUCGACGGAUUGUUCGUGUCCGAACCUUUGUUGCCAUCCGCUAUUGGCUGUUGACCUUCUUCACUGUCGAUUUCAUACCCAAUAGGGAGCUCAGGCUUUUGAUGGCUGAUUGGCUGAAUGCCUUGAUCCGUGAUCCUGUCUUAAAAAAGCACAUCGAUGGACUGGGAAUUGUGCGGCGUCUCGUCAAAGUAGCGAAGGAGUGCAAACAGGCACACACUCGCGCUAGUACGAAACCCAAAGCCCAAGAUUCACCACCGAAACCUGCUACCACAACUUCUGAGAAACAGGACCACCUACUAGGCAAACAGUUCGCGGAGGCUACAUCAAAGAAGGAAGAAGAUUCAGACCUUGACUUGGACUUCCUACCUGACGAAGCCAGUGUAGAAGAGGCUACCUCAGACCCGGCCAACGCUCACUUGACAGCUGGACAUCAUGCUGGUGGUGCCCUGUCUCCAACUCGGCCUGCAUCCCUGCCACUAUCGUCGUUUAACAUCUUACAAAGAACGGAUCAUGCCCCAGGUCCAGGCCCUGAGGCCGAAGUUGUUCAAGUCCCUGUACCACUGCCGAGUCAUCACAGCGCUCUAUCUCGGGCUUUUGUCAAGACCAUCGGACGACUGGGCCGCUGGAAACGUGUACUCAACUCGCGAUCCGCUGCGCGUACGUCAAUUAGUGCUUGUGCUGGAGCAUCAGCGUUCGACCUAGAGUUGAGUCUUUCCCGUGAUUUACUUACCGUCAAUGGUGGUGUGGAGCAGUAUCUUGGUACGGCCGGACCACAAUCUUCUUCAAAACACACUCCCCUAGCUUUGCCAUCAACAACUCCAGUCCUCCCACCCGUUUUAUCGUCCCAACAGUAUAACCCCGCGACUUCUCCAGUACCUACUGUAAUUCCGGCGGAAAAGCGGGUAUCUGCUUCUCCACUCACUCCAGUCCAGUCUUAUGAACCCCCAUCCGAAGCGUCCAACGAAGAAUCUACACCUUCAACAAUCUCAGCACAAAACCAAGAGCCUCUAGUCACGGAUGUGGCGGAAGCUCAAGCCCCAGUGCAAGAAGAAGAAGAAUACGAUAUCGUUCGUUCGUCCGAGAGGGCCGAAUCAUUUCACUCAUCGUCAACGGAUUCUUUGGGGGAACCACUUCAACCAGGAAUCCCUUCAACAUUUUCUCCCCCUUCGCAAUCACAGUGGCAGUUUGACGUCGUCUCAAUCGAUGAUCUUGAUUUGUCAGACUCCUCUUCAGAAGUGCAUGAAGCAGGUCCUGCUGCACCUCCGGGUCUUCGAAGAACUCCCCGAAAACUUCCUAUGCGCCGGGAUUUCGAGUUUGUUAGACGAUCUGAGGUUUCCUCAAUGGGAAUUGUUUCUCACAACUCCAUGGCUUCUGGGCCUUCGAGCUCAAACCCUUCAUCAGCAGGUCUUGGUAACCUAGCACAGUGGCAGAUCAACGCUAUAGUUGACUCGCUGACCGAUGAUGGGCAGGGGGACGUUGAUGAUGCUCUUAGAAGGUUAGAGGGGCAGAUCAAUCCGCAGAAGCUGCAGGAGAAAGCGUCAAAGGUAGAUGGGUGGGUACGGACAAUCAGGGAGAGGAUGGCUGCAGGAGACUAUACAAAUGAAGAACCGAGGUUCCCCACCGAUUCUGAUUCUGAUGAGGAGGUGGCGGAUGAUGCCAAUGAGGAUGAUGAGGAAGAUCGCCAUGAAUCCGUGAGCGUCCACAAUCUCUCAAAUUCAACACCAUCCAUCAUCGUGCCCGACGAUCUAAACGAAGAAGACCAAGACGGCGCAUUUGACUCUGCUCGUACCCCAAUACCCACGCAAUCUGCACACAUGAUUCCUCAUCCUCCUGGAUUAGGAUCUCCUCCACAAUCUACUGACGUCAGUAAACGUGACCUUGAUGUUGUCCUUACGGAGGUUAUCCCAGAUCAAGUCGCUUCUCCAGCGACCGGGACUACUACUCUCGUCUCUUCCCGUCCAGAGACACUUUCUUCCAAGUUUGCAAACCCAGAUGCACCACGAAUCCACAAAUCCUUUGUUCUCAGCUGCCGUACCACGACUCUUGCAGAACAUUUCACUAUGAUUGAUCGGGAAUUAUUUAUGGGGAUUAAGUUUGAAGAGCUUGUUGCAGACGACUGGAUGGCGUGUGAGGAGGUCAGUGUGCUUGAUUGGGCCCAGUAUCAAAAAGACAGGGCCAAGUGGAAGACCGAAUCACAAUUUCCUGAAAAGACCAGCGCGCUUGCCGCCGUUCGUGCGCGGUUCAACUUGAUGGCACACUUCGUAAUUUCGGAGAUUGUUCUCACCCAGCCGGCUGAGCGACAUUAUGUGGUUGCAAAGUUUUUAAGAGUUGCUUGGAAAUGUUACGAGAUGAGUAGUUUCAAUACCUUGACAGCAAUCAUCACUGCACUCCAAAGCGAAUGGGUGAAUAGGGCUAUGCGACGCGCGGGUUGGAACAAGGUGCCCACGUUUGAGACGCGGGUAUUCAAGAUUCUGAAGGACUUUACGACGAAUGCGGACGAGUUCAAGUUUAUCCGAAAACUGGUAGAAUCAAUUGUGGAGUCUAAACCCUUUGAAAACGGCUCUCGUGCUGCCUCGGUUGUCAGCGGAGGAAACACAGAUCAAUCAAGUAAAGGCAAGGCUGCAACAGACAAAGCACACAUUCCUACGGCCUGCGUGCCCUUCUUUGGCAUCUAUCUAGCUCAACUAUACAAGAUCAACAAGCUCCCCGCAUUGAUCGAUCCUACGGCCCCGAACCAAGGCGUUGGUUUUGACCCCAUCUCUGCCACUCUCGACCCCCCAGCACACCCAGAGGCCUUCUCCGCUCUCGCUCCUCUUCCUGCCACGAUGAACCUAGAACCUCUCAUCAACGUACACAAGCAACGGCGAAUCGCAGCCGUCAUCAAGUCGUUAGUUGCUGGCCAGCACCUCGCAAGCCGAAUUCACUACGAAGUUGACAAGAAACUUUUCCCAAGAUGCCUUCGAUUGCGGGGUCUGGACUCUGACACUCUUCAACUCGUGUUUGAUUCAUAUUCUGAUCAAUGA